AUGUCGACAACAUUUUACACACUCGUUGCAGUUGGCUUGUUGGCCUCAUUGAGUCAUGCCGAACCACCACGUCCACGUUUGCGUUUCCCAGGACCGGCCAACAAUCGGCCUCUGCCAUUUUUGGCUCGUCAAGAAUCAGUGCCAUCAACACCAUCCGAUCCAGCCCCUUAUCCACCAGCAGGUUUGAAGCCAGAACCCGCAUUUGAGUUGCCAGAGCCAUCAUACGGACCACCAGAACUGACCUAUGGACCUCCUGAAGAGACUUAUGGACCACCGGACCAAACCUACGGACCUCCAGAUCAAACGUACGGUCCACCCGAUGAGACCUAUGGACCACCAGAUCAGACCUACGGACCACCCGAUCAGACUUAUGGACCUCCUGCUGAGGAACCCCUUCCUGAACCUGUACCCUCCUAUGGGCCACCACCAGCUGCUCCUGCUGCCACAUAUGGCCCACCUGGUACACCUGCCGAUGAGUAUGGGCCACCACCGCCAGCCACCGUCGAUGUACCACAAACGGCAUCCAUCAUUGAUCCACGCGCUGUAUUCCCACAAACUGUUUUCACACUUCCACGAGUUGAACGGUUGGUAGCUUUCCGCCCCAGACGGCGUCCAGCACCAGCCAAGCUACGCCGUCCGGGUCCACUACAAAAACCCGCAAAGUUAACGCGUCCACGACCACAAACACAAAUACAACCUGCCAAAUUAGUUUUACGAAUUCAUCAUUAA